GGUGGCGUCAGCCGUUCCGGCGCGGCGCACAGCCGCACACGUGAAGCGCGUAAAGUGAGGAGCGCACGGCUUCGGGAUCAAUCGGCGAAAAGCCGCGUGCCGAAACGCGCGUGCGUCUGUGCGCUUGAAGUUCUGUUGCUAGCUCAGUUUGGUGUGGGCCGCCGCUCAUCCGCGACAACUUCCGCGCACUUGGGGUCCCCUUGUCGGCGCUAAACGGGCAUUGGUGCUCGUCGAGAACUGCUGGUCCUGUGCUACGCUAAAGGCGUGGAACUGACUUUUUGUGUGCCAGCGCGGGAGUCGGCUGACUGGGUUUCGUUUUCACCUCCUCGACUCGCACCGGUGGGCCCCGUCCGACAACAAGGUAUUGCCACGAUGUGGCUGACAAACUCUUGGUUUCGAGUGAACUAAGGAGGUUCAUCGCCUGCACAGAAACUGAACAUCGAACGUCUCCACUGCGAUCUUCACAGAAAAAUCCUUUGAUGGCGUUCCACGAAUUCCGUGACCUGCAGCUCCGUGGAGAUGACGUCACCACUGCCAGUAGUGUUAACGGAGUCGGAGAAUUGGCAGAGACGUAUCCGACAACCGAAUCGGGCAUCGCCAUGGAUCCGACAACUACGCUAGCCAGGCACAAUGUUUCGAUGUCUCCCGAGGUCCUGUGCUACAUGUCAGCUCUCACCGACGCUUCGCAAGAUGACUCCAGAUAUGCGGCCAUUUCUUGCCCCGUGGUUUGGGAUGGACUGACGUGUUGGCCUCGAACGUCUGGGUCCUCUUUGGCGGUGGUACCAUGCUUCGCGUCGCUCAACGGGCUCGACUACGACACGACACAAAACGUCACGCGGCAGUGUUGGCAAAAUGGAUCCUGGGCUCUCCGUUCCGACUAUUCCAACUGUAGGCCUGUUUUGGAAGGCGCCACGGCUGAUACGCAGGUUGACGAGACGUUGUUAUACUACAUCGGCUAUGGACUGUCACUUUGUGCACUUACCCUCGCCCUGUGGAUAUUCUUCUACUUUAAAGACCUUAGCUGCCUCAGAAAUACGAUACACGUGAAUCUUAUGAUUACGUAUUUUCUCAUCUCUAUAAUUUGGAUCAUCACCGCUACGCUGCAGUCGGUGCCUUUGCCAAAUUUCCAAAAGGCAGCUUGUGGUCUCUACAUUGUGCUCACGUAUUUAAUGGGGACCAACUUCUUUUGGAUGUUCGUUGAGGGCCUCUACCUCUACAUCCUAGUCGUGAAGACGUUCUCCGUAGAAGUCGUGCGGAUACACGUCUACGCCUUCAUUGGCUGGGGUUUGCCUGCAAUCAUUACUGCUAUCUGGGCGACAACAAAAGCCUACCUCAGCUCCAGGCAGCACAGCGACCUCACCAUCUCUGAUACCGUGUGCGUAUGGCAGAUGAGGGACCUGUAUGAUUGCAUCUUCAUCGUGCCAGUGAUCGGCGUCCUCUUGACGAACAUGUUUUUCCUGGCCGAGAUAAUGUGGGUGCUCAUCACGAAGCUGAGAGCUGCGAACACCGUCGAGUCUCGCCAAUACAGGAAAGCUGCGAAAGCUCUGCUAGUCCUUUUGCCACUUCUUGGUGUCACCUACAUUCUUGUUAUCUGGACGCCUACGCACAAGACUGCCAGAGUAAUAUUCACCUAUCUACAGAUUACCCUGCUUUCCACACAGGGUUUCAACGUCGCUGUACUCUACUGUUUUCUAAACGGGGAGGUGCGAAAGUCUGUGCGACACCACCUGGAGCGUUGGAAGACUGCUCGCGCCUUGAAACGCGGCGGCCGCCGUCGCUCGAGCACGUCGCGCUUUAGCGACGUCCGUGUUGCCAACUCCAAGCGAGGAAGCUGCGGAAGCUUCGCUACGACCACGACGUCGCUGGGGAACACGCGUCUCUACUCGUCUACUGGAAAGCGCUUCAGCAACACGUCCUACGGGCCGGUGGCUCUCAAGGACGAACUGGUGUGAACGCGAUCAACCUCCCUUCACCACACGACUCAUGUUCGCAGCGAACUCUCCGACGUUCCUCGCGGAAAGCAGCACCGAUCGCCAACAUGGAGGGCUCCUCGAAGUAGGCAUCGCUACGGAGUAUUAGUGCAGGAUGCGGCCUCUGCGUCAACGCUCCUACGUCAACGUUACAGGCUUCCGACUGGGAAGCAUGUCAAACACCCGACAGCUUUGUACGUAUGGGCUACGUGUUGUCGAGUAGCCGCAAUCUAGGAGCCACUUGUGUUACCGGAAGCUGCGCCUUUAAUCAUUGUAUUUAUCAGUCAAAGAUUCCCUGUGCCGAGUAUCGUCGGUUCAGCCUCCGUUAUUCUUCAGAAACAAAUGUAUACCUUCGUCGACAGUGGUACGUGGCAGUGAAAAGACUGAGCGCUUCUGAAGAAUCUAUGACGUGUGAUGAUCUGCCAAAGAAUAAAGUCAAGAAGAUGGACUGUUCAAAUGGGUCACUUCGCAUGCUGACCAACUACUACGAGCCAACCACCUCGAGAACGAAAAGCGAAGUUCUGUGAAGGAUGUGGGGCGUGGAGAAAUGUGCGCCUUACCGUUGGCAUCACUUCGUGAGCAGUACAUCUUUGACAUUGUUCUCCGUGCUGACAGUUCUUGCAGUGAAUCUUAGAGCUAACGUUUGCCAAUCGGCAUCGGCGCUGGUAUGGUGCUGAGUGGUGACUGUAAUUGGUGCGUGGAGACCGUUCCUUUAACAGAGCUUCUUCGUUACGGCAACGAAAUUAUCUAUAUAUUCUGCAUGGAGCGACAGUGUAUGUUUGUUUGCUUUGUUUGUGGCCUAGAUGCCUUAUAUGUGUCAUUUCAUAUGUGUGCACAUGUUAUGAAUGACUGCGAUGAACAGGGCGCGUAUAAUUUAACGAUCCUACUUUAACGAUAUUGCUUAUAGCGCUUCGUCAGUGGCAAGAGCCACACUUCGCCCACGUUAUUAAUAGGGAUCGAGCAGACAUGGAGGUUUAUUUAGUGCCCAUUGUACCUAAUACAUAACUCAGGCUUUCUGAAGCCUCAUAGAACUCACAGAUUUCAUAAGAAAGUAAUAGAAUCGAAGGAAAGGAAUCGUUACAUUAUGCCAGCCCUUGUUUAAACCCCUCCGAUGGUGUAGAUUUCUGCGUAAAUUGUAGCCCGCUGUUUGCAAAGGUGACGCACUUGUCGAUGACCUCCUCACAUUAACGCUGGAUGAGGCAGUACAAAAGACGCACAGAAAAUAUGGUGUGCCUGUCAUUCGACUUUUGAGGGCACGUCAGAGUUGGGCGCCUGCACGUAGACUGCAUACAUAUAAAAGAUGAUUUCCUACCUUGCUGCGAACCAUCAGUCUCUUGCGGCCCUAUGCAGAAAGUAGACGAUCACGGGAAAUACGGAUUUCAUUGGUUAACGUCGCUAAAGCGUUAAUUCAUGUGCUGAUGACGUAGUCGGGUCCCGUGGCGGCAGGGAAGAAAUCUAGCAGCUGACCCGCAGGACUGAUUAUCGGACAGCAUUUGCAGCGCUGAACUCUUCCAAAAGAUUUUGACGAAUGUUUACCGCGGUUUGCUUAUGUGCGUAGGGCGUGCUGGGGUUGCGCGUGUGUCUACCAUAUAAAGUACUGCUCCAUCGCGGUGGCCAAAGCUUUUUUUUUUGAGAAAGGCAUAUGAAUUUCAUAGUGAAACUAAGUGAAGCCUUCUCACGUAGACGCAGAGGACUAUGACGCCGGCUUAAUUGUUUGAAAAAUAGUUUUUCAACUUUAACUAUGAAAUCCUGUUGUUCAGCGGGAGUGGUAAAACGACUUUGUUGUUGUUGACACUGUCAAUGAAAGCAAGACCCGUAUUUAUUAAGCUUCUCUUUCGUUAGUGCCUUCCACGAGUCACCAUAACCGCGACGAACGCCUCGUUAACACGCCGUUCGCUCAUAAGAUGUGGGAGUCCGAAAGCCGGUGAAUAAGAAAAUUAUCUUACAUGGGAUAAGUUUUGUAAAAACGGGCACAGAGAAAUACUUUCGUACGCAGUCCUCACUGAAAGAAAUAGAAAGAUAUAUUAUGCCGUCAUUGACCGUGGACACGAAAACAACGAGUCAAUGACUGCUCUAUCACAGUGUUAGAUUGUGCGUCGUCUAUUUCGUGUACAAAGCAGCCGCCUUAAGCAAUGAACAUUUCUAGUCAGCCUCGCACAGCCAACGCAACUGUUUUAACAGGAGCUUUGCUCUGGGCACCGAUCAUUGUUACAAACUUUGCAUCUUUGCGAGAAUGUGCCGAUUGUAACUAAGUUGUUUGAUGUUUUGUGCUGUAAAUUGUGAUGAACCAUGAAUGUAUAUUUUAGUAAGUAAAUGUCAUUUUUGCAACACUAAUGUAGAUACUCUUCACUUCGGGAAUUGGAACGGAAGCGUGCCACGCAUGGGAAAACGUCUCUGCAGGUUCGGAUG